CACAACUCCUGCACCCCAUGAGGCCACUGUCUCUCACUUGCGGAGCCUCUCUGCAGAAGAGAGGGGCAGGAGGCUGAUGGAGGUGGCUAUGCGGGGGACAGUGGGGCAGCUGAGGGCACUGCUCGCCGCGGGUGCCGACUUGAGGGUGAGGGGUGGGGAUGGGAGGACUGCCCUGCACUGGGCAGCAGCCAGGGGAGACGUCGAGGUGGCGAGGUUGCUGGUGCAGGCGGGGGCGGCGGUGGACGCCAGGGACAGCAGUGGCUGGCAGUGGACGCCUCUGCAUUUGGCUGCAGUGCGGGGCGACGCCGCCGUGUCGCGGCUGCUGCUGCGGGCGUUAGCCGACCCCAGCGCCAGGGAUGGCGGUAGGUGAACGCCGCUGCACUGGGCGGCAGCCAAUGGCCACGCAGAAGUGGCGGCUGUGCUGCUCGACGCGGGGACCGACAGGUGGGCCACGACUGGUGGUGGAGAGACAGCGCUGGACAUCGCCAGGCAGAACAACCACAGG